GUGCUAUGAGUGUGUGCGUGUGUUGCGUGCGGCGUGUGCGAGUGCUUCGUUGAGGAGCCUGAUGGCCUGUGGGUAAAAGCUGUUUGCCAGCCUUGUGGUCCUGGACUUCAAACUCCUGUAGCGUCUGCCUGACGGUAGGAGUGUGAAUAAUGAGUGUUGUGGAUGUGUGCUGUCCUUGAUGAGGUUGUGUGUUCUGCGUAGGACUCUAGAUUUAUAAAUGUCUUGCAGUGAGGGGAGGGCUGCCCCAACAAUGUUCUGUGAGGUCUUGAUCACCCGCUGGAGUGCCUUCCUAUCACGUGUUGUACAGUUACCGUACCAAACAGUGAUGGAGGCGGUAAGGACACUUUCGAUGGUGCAUCUGUAGAAGCAACUCAGGAUUGUGGUGGACAUGCCAAAUUUCCUCAGUCUUCUCAGGAAGUACAGUCUCCUUUGGGACUUCUUCAGAAUUUGUUGGGUGUUGUGAGACCAGGUGAGGUCCUCGCUGAUGUGUGUGCCAAGGAACUUGAAGGUUUUCACCCUCUCCACCUCAGUCUCAUCAAUAAACAGGGGUCUAUGCGGCUCCUUUUCCCUUGUUCUUGGGUCGAUGAUCAUCUCUUUAGUCUUAUCUGUAUUGAGAAGGAGAUUGUUAUCACGACACCAAGCUAUGAGGUCCGCCACCUCUCUUCUGUAUGAUGUUUCAACACCACCAGUGAUCAGUCCGAUGACUGUAGUGUCAUCUGCAAAUUUAAUGAUGCUGGUGUUGUUCUGGGAGGCCACGCAAUCGUAGGUGAAGAGCGUGUAGAGGAGUGGACUCAGCACACACCCCUGUGGGGUCCCAGUGCUCACAAUUCUUGAGCUGGAUGUGCGGUUGUGGACUCUGACUGACUGGGGCCUGCCUGUGAGAAAGUUAAACACCCAGUUACUAGGGGACUCCUGUCCCACUCCUUCAUGUUACUGCGUUGUGUGUGUGAUAUAUGGCAUCUAUUACGUUGGAUAACUGCAGAGUACAUCCCUAGCCCUAUCCCGGUUUUUGAAUCAUGUGAAUUAAUACAUCACGCUGCUUCCUGUGCGAAUAAGGUCUAUUAGUAAUUUUAAAAAUAUGCAUAUUUAAGCACGUUAUGUAUUUUUUGUCUAAAUUCAGCAUUUUCAAGCAUUAAAAUGGCUUAAUAAAGUGAAACACAAAUGGUAUUCAGAAGAUACAUUCAGAGACAUUAUGAUGAUGAUAUGAUGUAGUAUAGUACACUGGUCACUAGGUGUCAGUAAUGUUACUGUAAUGUUGGGUGAGACACACAAGCACCAGACUUAUUACAGUUUUGAAUGAUCUCACAACAGGCACAAUAAUCCCUAACACUGGAUACUCUGAACCCCCAAAGUCACUUCCUGUGUCCCCCCCCCACUCAGCUCCCCUAGCACUGGGAACAUAUUUACAGCAACACACACGAGCACAAGUCUUAUUUAUGUUGUAUUGUCUCUUAUUUUGACUACUAUAUUGGGUAAUAGGGGUGUGAAGGUGACAAUAGGGGUGUUAUUUCAUUUCUAGAGGACUCUAACAAUGUUGAAACUCAUUUUUAGAAGGUUGUAAACAAGUUUCCUUUGUCUUUUUUUCUAUUAUUAUGUCUACUAUAUUGGGUGAUAGGAGUGUAAAGGUGACUGUAGAGGUGUUAUUUCAUGUCCAGCGAGCUUGAAUAAUGUUAGAAAGCGUAUUUAGAAGGUUGUAAAGUUUUCUAUGUCUUUCCAUUCCGUUCCAUUUUCCUCCGCUUAUCUGUGUCGCGGGGGCAGCAGUCUCAGUAGGGAAGCCCAGACUUCCCGGUCCCCGACCACCUCCUCCAGCUCCACCGGGAGGACACCAAGGCGUUCCCAGGCCAGCUGUGAGACAUAAUCCCUCCAGCGUGUCCUGGGUCUUCCCCGGGGCCUUCUCCCGGCUGGGCAUGCCCGAAACACCUCACCAGGGAGGCGUCCGGACUAGAUGCCCGAGCCACCUCAGCUGGCUCCUCUCGAUGUGAAGGAGCAGCGACUCUACUCUGAGCUCCUCCCGGAUAACCGAGCUCCUCACCCUAUCUCUUAGGGUGAGUCCCGCUACCCUACGAAGAAAACUCAUUUCAGCCGCUUGUAUCCGCGAUCUCGUUCUUUCGGUCACCACCCAAAGCUCAUGAUAGAUCGAACGGUAAAUUGAGAGCUUUGCCUUCCGGCUCAGCUCUCUCUUCACCACGAUGGUCCGGUACAGCGACCGCAUUACUGCAGACGCUGCGCCGAUCCGCCUAUCGACCUCACACUCCAACCUUCCCUGACUCGUGAACAAGACCCCGAGAUACUUGAACUCCUCCACCUGGGGCAGGACCUCAUUCCCAACCUGGAGGGAGAAACCCACCCUUUUCCGACUGAGAACCAUGGCCUCAGAUUUGGAGGUGCUGAGUCUCAUCCCAGAAGCUUCACACUCAGAUGCAAACCGUCCCAGUAAACGCUGCAGGUCAGAGCGCAAUGAGGCCAUCAUGACCACAUCAUCUGCUAAUAGCAGAGAUGAGAUCCGAGUGCCCCCAAACUGGACUCCCUCGACACCUUGGCUGCGCCUAGAAAUUCUGUCCAUGAAAAUUAUAAACAGAAUCGGUGACAAAGGGCAGCCUUGGCGGAGGCCAACGUUCACCGGAAACAGGCUUGACUUACUGCUGGCAAUGCCAACCAGGCUCCUGCUCCGGUUGUACAAGGACUGAAUGGCACAUAGUAGCGCGCCACCAAUCCCAUACUCCCGGAGCACCCCCCACAGGACACCGCGAGGGACAGGGUCGAAUGCCUUUUCCAGGUCCACAAAGCACAUGUAGACCGGUUGGGCAAACUCCCAAGUACCCUCCAGGACCCUUGCAAGGGUGUAGAGCUGGUCCAGUGUUCCGGGACCAGGACGAAAACCACAUUGCACCUCUUGUCGCCGAGGUUCGGUUAACGGUCGUACCCUUCUCUCCAGCAUCCUGGAAUAGACUUUCCCAGGGAGGCUGAGGAGUAUGAUCCCCCUAUAGUUGGAACACACCCUCCGGUCACCCUUCUUGAAAAGGGGGACCACCACCCCAGUGUGCCAAUCCAGAGGUACAGUUCCCCACUUCCACGCAAUGUUGAAGAGACGUGUCAGCCAAGACAGUCCCGCAACAUCCAGAGCCUUGAGUUUUCUAUCUUAUUUUUUGUUAUUAUGUCUACUAUAUUGGGUUGAAGUAGUGUAAAGGUGACUACACUAAGUCCCCUACUAACGAACAUCCGACGUGCGAACACUCGUAGAUACGAACACAAGCCGACUGGUCUAUUUUUUCAUGUGUUUUGCCUUAUAAGCCCAUAAUUAUUUACUGUAUAUUUAAGGCCAUAUUUCACAUGCUUGACCAGUAGAGGGCACUGCGACACUGCUAAUGGGACCAACAGGCGAUUAAGACCAGUGGGAGGAGACUGAAGAAAAGCAAAAUUUUAGCUGUACAUGCAACCCCGCACAGCAUGUGAUUAAAGUUGAUGAAGAGUUAAUAGGCCUGCUUAUAAUUCUACACCACCCACGGAACACUACCUCUUUUGGAAGAGUCUAACGACGAUGAUUUGUCCUUUUUUCAAUAUCUCCGCCUCCUCCUCAACCACCAACGACGUAUGCCCGACCACUCCUCUUCAAAGGUAAAUAACAUUUAUCAUUACGUAUUAUUAUAUCAUUUUUAUUAUUGUUUUUUUCAUUAAUUAUCAUUGUUUAAUAUUACUACUGCAUCCAAACUCAUAUUUACAUACAUACACAUAUACUGUAUAUGUAUACACGUACAUGUAGUACCUAUAUCAUUGCUAAUAUUACCUUUUCCCCUACUUAAGAACAAUUUCACUUAAGAACGGUCGUCUGGAACCAAUUGUGUUCGUUAGUUGAGGACUGAGUGUAUAGGGGUGUUAUUUCAUGUCUAGAGGGCUCUUAUAAUGUUAAAAGUUGUAUUUAGAAGGUUGUAAACACGUUUUGUAUGCUGUAACUAUAACCACAAUAUUUCAUUUAUAUAUAAGGAAUCCUACUUUGUGGAAAUUAACUUAUCACGGUCGGGUCUGGAACCAAUUAACCGCCAUAAACAAGGGGCGUGCAUCAAGUACAGACUAGCGUUUUUAAGAGACACACCAUAAACGUUUCCAAGUUUAUAUAUGGGUCAUUGUUUUUUUUUUGUGUGUUUUAUUCCAUUUUUUAAACAAGAGGCCCCGAGUGUCCGUCACAAGAAAAGCUGCCACUUAAAGUGACCCACUUUGGACUGUCUCCAGUUAGGAUAUUUUUAGGUCUGCUGUUGAACUCCCCCCUCCUGUCGAUUUUGGAAUGGUUGCAAGUAAAACGAAUAAAGAGGUUGCUCUCAAGCAAAGGGUUGUUUUCGAAAUCAUGGGAAAAACAAGCAUUGAUGUUUGUGUGGUGAGAAAGGUAGCGCAUUUGAACAAUUAAAUGUAACUUUAAGAAUGAAUAACGCUAGAGGCCAAGCUGAAAUGUUGUCAGUCUUUCUUACAUUGGCUGUGCUCGCUUCCGCCGUCAAGGCUGCGUUACCCAGGCAACCUUUCAAGCGUCGCGGUCAUCAAAGGGCGGCAUUAAAAGAAGCGAGCGUGCGCUAGCGUCCUUUGCUGGUUCACGGCGAUAAAAGUGCCGUUGCCAUGACCAAGUGCUCAUUCCAAAGGUCAACAAUUCAAUGACCGCACACGCAGCCUUUCAUUCCUCCCUGCUGCCUCGUCUUCACUGCCGUUAUUAUUCUCAGCUCGUUAUUAAUUACAACAACUGUCACGGUCAAGACGUGUUAGCGUGUGGAGCAAAUGUUGCACUUAAAUCUUGAUAAAGCUUUUUCUCUUUCCAUUUUGACUCCCUUGGAGUCAAGCAUCCACGCUAGUGUACAAUGUGUGCAUGUCGAACGUCUGGAGGCACUGUCACCAUCUGGCUUAACUGAAAACCGGAAAGAACAAACGGUGACUGUAAGAAAAAGGUCACCGUGAUAAAGCUAACUAAAGAACAAAAUACAAUAAUCACUCAUUUAUGGCAGUUAAUUGGUUCCAGAUCGACUGUGAUAAGUGAAUUUUCACAAAGUAUGAUUCCUUAUUUAAAAUUAAAUAUUUUGGUAGUUGAAGCAUUAAGUGUCUGGCCGGUGUGCCUUUAAGAGCUCAAAGCAGGCUGCUACCGUAAUGCUGUAGACGAGUACAGACAGCGACGUGCAGUUACUGUCCUGCGAACAGUAAGUGUUAAACGGGUCAUUUGUUUAGUAUAUAGGAUAUCUCCUGUGGCUCGGAUUGGGUAUAGACUAGGCUUGGCCUUAUUAGAGCUUCUUGUGAGUACUUUAAACUGCUGGUGAACAGAGCAAUAAGGUUCACUUCAGGGUUAGGCCUAGGUUAGCCUCAAAGGUUUCCUAAAUCUCAACAUCAUCACCUUUAGGUGUUAAAUAACAGUAACUUCUCAGGGUGGAUGGAGUUCAACAGCUGAUUUAAAAGCUAAGACCCUAGGACCUUGCUGUCUACGUCCCAGCUCGCAAGGCUAUGACAGAUGAACCCCGGGUGUCAAGCGUGGGAACGGUAUGCGCGCACCUAAAAAAGCCUUUGCACAGGCUCUAGGGAAAGGUCCACGUCCCCCACCACCACCCUCCUCACCCAAUUUUUUUAAUAUCCCAACUUCUCCCAAGUCCUCCUAAGCAAUGGAAAGGGGAAAAUAUACGGCAGGUGAAAAAUGUAACUGAAAGCCGCAGCUCCAAUCCCGCAUGCAGGCAGUUCAGGAUAUUGGUCGUCUGGUUGUUGACCUGAAGAUGACAACAACCUUCAGCAGCACCCUGAAUGACCAAGCAGCCCUCUUCAGGGACAGCACUGCUUGCUCCACAUGGAGACGGGCCCAGAAAAGUUGGCCUAAACAAAGCUCAUCUUCGUACCACCCAGUUGGCUAGCCGCAGUCAACGGGCAUGUUCCCAAGUGGUAGAACAACUUCAAAGCGUAGUGGCUCCGCACCUGCCCCUAAAAGCUCAACUGGAUUCUUGCAUGCUGGAACAUCAGAACCAUGCUAGAUACCACCGAGAGCAACCGUCUUCAAAGGCGUUCUGCCUUAAUUUUGCUCCCCCGCCUGUACAUCGACAUUGCUGCCCUCAGCGAAGUCUGCUACCCAGAAACAGGCAGACUCACAAGAGCAAGGCGCAGGCUACACCCUCUACUGCUCAGGCAAGCCCCAGAGGGGAUGACGCUUUUCAGGUGUGCGCUUCAUGAUCAAGAACACCAUAGUCUCAAAACUGGAGAGCUUACCAUCAGGUCACUCUGACUGCAUAAUCUCCAUGCGCCUACCAUUGAAAAAGAAGCAGUUUGUUACUCUCUUCAGCAUGUAUGCUCCGACCCUUCAAGCGAACCCUGUAGACAAAGACAAAUUCUACACAGACCUGUGCAAUCUAGUUCAGAACACCCCUGCAGAUAAUCAGGUUGUUAUUUUUGAUGACUUCAGUACCAAGUGGGCCGAGAUUCAGAACCCUGGAAAGGAGUUGUUGGGGAAACAUGGCAUUGGUAACUGCAACAACAACGUCCGUCUUUUGCUGGAAUUAUGUGCAGAGCUGCAGCUUACAGUCACCGGCACCACUUUCCAGCAGAAAAAUAGUCUCAAGACAACCUGGAUGCAUCCUCAGUCCAAACACUGGCACAUCUUAGACCAGGGGUCACCAACGUUUUUCCUUGUGAGAGCUACUUUUACAAAAUGAAAAUGGCCAAGAGCUACUCAUUUUUGUAACAUUUAUUUUCAGAUCUUAUUUUAAACCCAAACAAAGCGAAUAUGCUUGUUUUACCAGAACGUGAACAAAAUGCUUCAAGCCCUUCAGGCCGAGACGAGGAGGCCCCCUCAAGAGGAAGCUCCUGGUCUGCGGCCUGAAGUCAGCUGAAGUGCGAGCUUACUUCCAAUCUAGCCUUCAGUCAAAGUUGGAAGAUUACAACUCCGUCACAGAUCCCUGUCCUGAAAACCGCCAUCAUGCGGAAGAAGACUUUCUCCACAAAGAGGAACAACUGCUGGAGAAGAAGAGCUCUGCCCACCUUGCACAACCAUUGUGCCCUGUGAAGAAAUCUGCCUUCCGUUCUGCAUGCAGCAACCUCCAGCGCAAGCUGUGAAUCAUCCAGAAUGAGCGGUGGACCAAUCUUGUAGAGAAAACACAGCGCUGCGCCAACACUGGUUAUUACAGGGGCUUCUAUGAAGCUUUGAAGGCAGUUUAUGGCCCCUCGCGCCCAGUGGUUAGCCCCCUGCAUAGUACAGACGCCCAGGCGCUCCUCAUAGAUAAAGUGUCCAUCCUGAACUGCUGGGUAGAACACUUCCAGACCUUCUUCAGUGCCAACCGCUCCGUUGACGAAUCUGAGAUCCAGCAGAUCCCUCAACAGCCUGUGAAAGAAGAGCUGGAUGAAGCACCGAGCCUCGAUGAGGUCAUAAAAGCCACAAACCAGAUGAAUUGUGGCAAGGCUGAGGGUGUCGAUGGCACCCCACCAGAAAUUUGGAAGUACGGCGCAGCAAACUUCACAACCUCUUCCUAUGCUGCUGGAAGCACGAAAAGCUACCGCAAGAUCUCUGAGAGGCUGUUGUCAUCACCCUGUACAAGAACAAAGGGGAAAAGUCUGACGGCUCAAAGUACUGGGGUAUAACUAUUCUCUUCACCGCAGGCAAAAUUCUAGCAAGAGUUCUCAACAGACUGGUACCUGCUGUGGCAGAACUCCACCUCCCAGAGUGCCUGCGUGGCUUCAGAGCAAACAGGGGCACCACCGACAUGGUCUUGGUGCUCAGGCAGCUCCAAGAAAAAUGCCAUGAACAGAACAAGGGUUUAUAUGCCCCUUUAUAUGCACCUUUCGUAGACCUUUUAAUACUGUAAGCAGAAAAGACUUAUGGCAGAUCCUGAAGCAUGUUGGCUGUCCCCCAGAGUUCCUCAGCAUGGUCUUGCAGUUGCAUGAAGAUCAGUGUGACCCGGUCAGAAACAGCAACGACCUCAUGGAACCUUUCCGAAUCAUCAACAGGGAGAAGCAAGGCUGUCUCCUCGGACCACCUCUAUUCACUAUCUUCUUCAGCAUGAUGCUUCAACGAGCCACAGAAGACCUCGGUGACAAAGAUGGGAUCUACAUUUAGUAUCAUACUGAUGGCAUCCUCUUCAAUUUACGACGCCUACAAGUUCACACCAAGACCAGAGACCAACUGAUUCGGGAGUUACUCUUUGCCGCCAAUGCCGCCCUCGUAACCCAUACAGAGACUACCCUGCAAUGUGUAACAUCUUGCUUUGCAGAGGCAUCCCAGCUUCUUCGAAGUCAGCCUGAAGAAGACAGAGGUUCUCCACCAGCCCGCCCCCAAGGAAGUGUACUGCCCACCCCACAUUACAAUUGGCGAGACAGAACUGAAGGCAGUCCAACAGUUCACCUGCUUGGGGUGCACCAUCUCCUCUGAUGCAAGAAUCGACAAAGAGAUGGACAACACACUGGCAAAGGGAAGCAGUGCUUUUGACAGACUCCAGUCAUGUCAGGAACAACAACCACCUGAAGAAAGCCACAAAGAGCAGUGGUACUAACCACCCUCCUAUAUGACUCUGAGUCAUGCGUCACUUAUAGACUACCUACGACUCCUGGAACCAACGGUGUCUUCGCUCCAUCCUCAACAUCCACCGAAGUGACUGUGUCACUAACGUCGAAGUGCUUCAACAAGCGGGGAUCACCAGUAGUGGUUGACCGAUUAUCGGCCGGGCCAAGCGGAUUAUCGAGGCCCAUCGGUAUCGGACUUUAUUUUAAUCCGACAAGCCGAUAUCAAGAAAUCAAUUUAAAACUGGGUUAUUUUGGCUCAGAUGCAGCCGCGCAUCUCUCUCUCUUGCCGGCUGCGACUUCCGUCUCCAGCAUUGCUCCACCCACGACGCCAUCUGAUUGGUUAAGCAAGCCACAGCACGCGUUAGUGGCAGAGCCACAGCACGCGUUAGUGGCAGAGCCACUGAAGCGGACCCUGUCCUCACACACAUACAUGGCUGGGAGGGAAGUUUUCUUGGGUGCAGAACGUCCUGAGAGCAAACACACAUGUCAAGGUAAACACAGGAAACGCUCUCUAAAUUGUAAUAAACAUCCCAGUGCUCUAACGUUACAGUGAACAGCAGAAGUAAGUAAGAGCAGAGUAAACAUUAGCGGCAGCUCUACUAGCUCAUUAGUACCUUCCAACAUGUCUGUGAAUUCCAUGAAAGAAGGCAAACAGUCUGUGAUAGUAAAAGCAUGUGUGUGAUUGAGAGAGAACACGUAGAAAACUUUUAUUGGAGGGAAGCUUGCCAAGAUGAAUGCGGGUUAGCAUACCAUAACAUUAGUGAGAGCCGGUCAGGCUCUAAAGUCACAGCAGACUAUGUAUAGUGUUCCCUUGUUUAUUGCGGGGGGAUAGGUUCCCAAAUAGCCUGCAAUAAGUGAAAGCCGCAAAGUAACCAACUUUAUUUCUUUGCAAUUAAUAUACUGUAUAUGUUUUAAGGGGGGCCGCACGGUGGUCUAGUGGUUAGCAUGUUGGCCAACACAAGAACAGCGUGGAGAUCGGGGAGACCUGGGUAGAUUUGUGGGAACACAAGCCGGUCCCUGGGUCAAAAAAGGUUGGGCACCACUGAUGUAGACCAUUGUCAAUCCCCUUCGUGCAGGACUGCCUGUUUCCUGUUGUAUGAUCAUACAUGCUGAAUGAAGGCAGAAGUUACGCGGCUGUAGGGUGCCUGGAAAACUGUAAAAGAAUCUUUGGUUCCUGGAGGAUGACGAGGAGGAAUACAUUUUACCAAGGAUACAAAAACGCUACAGCCUAACGGCGCCAGGACAAGCCACGAUCAGAGGAGUGAAAUAUUCGUGAGUCACUUCAUUUCUUGUGUCCAGUCUCGUGGGUCGAUAAUUAAAAUUCAACCGAAAUUUGAGUAUGCCCAGGAUUUUCCAGUACUCCUUAUGCGCACAAGCAGCGGUCAAAAAGAUCUCAAUUUACGAACUGAGCACUCUGUUGGCUCUCCUCAUAUGUAAAUGAGGCCAUUCCUUGAUGAAUCAGCAGAGUGGGGUGAGGGAUGUUCAUAUGUACUGUAAAUGAGGCCAUCACCAGAGGACUCAGCGGGGAAAAACAAGCAAAAACAGGAACAUAAAAACAGAAUGGAAAGAUACAAAUAAGUGAAUAAACGCAACAAAAAAAGGUACAAAUAAGUGGUAAUAAAGGUACAAAUAAGUGAAUGGAAAAUAAGGGAGCAAGUGAUUGAAACUCAUUUGACCAAUUGUAGUAUAUUUGCGAAAUGGUGUAAGUUCACACAUCCGUAGAAACCACCAAUAGCAGCUUGUUUUCAAAUGAAAGGUAAUUCCUUCCGUGCUGCGGUGAAUAAGAACCUCAGUGCACAUCGCCUACCACUUCAGUGACCUCAAGAAUUCUGUUGUACAAACCACCUGUCCAAGGAACCAAGAUGCAGAGAAGAGUCGCCACUCAAUAGGCGUUAGAAAUGAUCCUGAGCGAAACAAGCCCUUUUGACUCGGAUGGAGAAGACAUAAACCUUCAGCCGAGUUCGGACUGUGUGUCGUGUGUCAGGUUAGUUUCCCAAACACGCUACAUACUUUUCCUGACUAUCUUUUAUUUAGGAAGACAUUCCUUGUAUCAUAUUCAGAACGUAACUCCCGAGAGGGACCACUGUACUAGAAUUAUCAUUAGCAUCUAUGCAUGCGUUUAUGAUAUCGUUUGACUUUCCGUUCCCAUCAUUUGAAUUUGUUCACACUGCAGAUGAAGAGACUGCUCAUCUGCCAAAUAAGAGAGCUCGGUUGGGGACUGCGCCGACAGCGACGGUGAAAGAUGGCACAGAAGAACAGCUGGGGACGCGUCUUCAUUUCACUCCAAUAGAACCAUAUACCGCAUACGGAGAGCCAACGGCUAAGGCCAUGAGAAGUGUCGAGAGUCGCCUUCAGAGCUUCCUCUAUUACAUCACUCUUGAUAUGCUUCGUAACAUUCAAGAAUGGACUUUUCAACAUGCACGGAAAACGGAGCUGGUGGAUUGGUUCAUGGCAAUCCCUGAACUAAUGGCAUUUAUUGCUGUCGUCAUCUUGUGGGGGGUGAUGAAGCUUCCAUCACUCCGCGAUAGCUGGUCAACGAAAAUGGGAAAUCCGCGGAUCAUUGAAAUUAUGUCCCGACAUCAUGCGACACCUUCGCUUUGAUGACCGAUUCACGCGCAGUGAGCGAGCAGAGACGGAUACGUUUGCUUCAUUUCCGCUGUCGGAAUCGUUUGUCACCAACUGCAUCAAAUCCUACAGCCCUGGUCGACACAUCACCAUUGGGGUUGGUUGGGUUGGAGCUAGCGCUACAGUUAGGCCAACUCUUACGUUGCUGCGAAGAAGGCACGCAAGUUAGAACUGCUUCCACAAUCUCCCACACCUAGCCCUUUUCCCAGGGCUCGGUGUCAGGUCAGUGAUCAAUGCAAGGACAAUCUCCACACUGCUGACCGUGGUAAAUAUACUGUACAUACAGUUGAUGCUGAAAUGCCAUGUUUGUGUUUUGUUCUCUUACUUGUAUUUUUUGGACUAUUUUGUAUUAUUUUUAUAACAAAAGUACAAAUCCAUGGAAACAAAUCACAGUUGUUCUCUUGUAAAGUCCUCAUGUCAACCCUCCUCUUCAAAUCUCCGCAAGUACAGAAAAAAAAUGUGUGUUGAUCUCCUAACAUGGCAAAGUGAUAAUGCAACACAAGUUUCCUUCAAGUGGCUCAGCAUGUCCAUUCUUGUGGUGUGCUAGUAAGUGCCUUGUUCACAGAACAAAAGCGUCUGUUUGAGCUAACAAUAGGGGAUUAGCAUAAAGCAAUCAGGUCGAAAAGACCUUCCCUUGACCUGGAAUGGGCCUUCUAGUGUUAAACAAGAGACAAAUGCGACAAAAUGUUCGUGCCUGUCUGAGAAAAGUAUAUCAAGUGUAUGGUGAGGGGUUUUAAAGCCUUAAAACAUACAGUAUAAUCAUUGUCCAAAAAUAUAUCUGGCUACUUGGCAGAUUUCACUUAUUGCGGGCUGUUUUGGGAACCUCCCGUGAUAAAUGGGGGAACACUGUGUAUGUGUGUGUGUGUGUAUACAGUAUAUAUAUAUAUAUAUAUAUAUAUUAUAUUGUAGAAUAUUCCAUAAUAAUGAUAAUAAUAGUGCACACAGUGUUAAUAAUCAUUUGGAGACGAACGCAGCGUUUUUCUGAUUCUUCCUCAUCAAAAAGGGAUGAGCGUUUUCCCCAAUGCUUUCAUUUUUACGCGGUCUUCCCAGCAGAGCUUAAAGUAAAUCCUCCCUCCGCUGUUAGAGGCGGGCGGGAGGGGAUUUUCUUAUCUGCCCCCCGGGACGUAGGCUCAUUUCCACACGGGUGCACGUACUGUACGUGUGCACGUUGCGUGCGUGUCAAUUGCACCAGACAACAUUUGGAGCCUGAUCAUCGGAUGAAGCUCGUUAAACGGUCCCUUCAUUGUUUGCGACAUUGCUAAUGCUCCGACUGAAAAUGCACCAAUUACAACAUGAGGACAUUGUAAUCUAACACUUGUAAUCUAACCAGGAAAAGAUAUACAUGAGGGAAAAUAACAUCAUUUUAGUACCAUAAAGUUGAAAUAUUCAAGAAAAAAAUUAUUUUUUAAAGUCGUAUUUCAUCAAGAAAAAAGUCGUCAAGAAACAAAAAUUUGGCAAAUUAGGUUGCGGAAAAAGAAUAAACUAAAAAAAAAAAUAUUCAGAGAGAAACAUACUCUAACGAAAGAAAAGUUGCAAUUUUACGAGAAUAAACUCAUAAUAUUCUGAGUAAAAAUAACAUUUUACUAUCAUAAAGUUGAAAUAUUAAAAAAGACAUUUCUUUAAAAGCCAUUUUUGUAGCAUAGAGAAAAAUCAACAGUAAUUUGACUAUAUUUUUUUACUAAUUUUACUAUCAUGUCAAAAUAUUAAGAGCAAAAAAGUUGGAAUUUUACGAGAAAAACGUAACAUUCUGAGGAAAAAUAACACCAUUUUAGUAGUAUAAAAUGAAAAUAUUAAAGAAAAAUGAUGUUUUUUUGUUGUAAUAUUAUGAGAAACAGGCAAAAACAACAAAUGAAGUUGUAAAAUUUGGAAAAUUAGGUUUCGGAAAAAGUUCUAACGAGAAUAAAAUCAAAAUAUGAAGAGAAAAAAGUCGGAUUCUAACAAAAGAAAAGUCGCAUGUCAUUUUAGUCGCAUAAAGUUGAAACAUUAAACAAAAAAGAUGUUAUUAUUUAAAAGUUGCAAUAUUAUGAGAAACAAGCAAAAGAGCUGAUGAAGUAACAUCUGGAAUAUUGGGUUGUAGAAAAAGUUCAGAUGUUACGAGUCAAAAAAUUAAGAGAGAAAACUUGUAUUCUAACUAGAAAAACAUAAGAUACUGAGGAAAUACGACAUUUUAGUGGCAUACAGUUGAAAUAUUGAAGAAAAAAAUAUAUUUUUUAUUAAGUGGUAAUAUAUAUGGUUAAUUCAUGUCGUCAUUCGUCCUGUUUGCAUGCGCUAAACCUGAACAUGUCCUUUUUGUUGUUGUUGUUUUUUUUUAAUCUCUGCAUUCUCAGCCUCACAUUGCACGGAGAUGGGAAGUGCCGACUUUGAAUGAGCCGCCGGGGAACGUCUGCACGUGGUUUAAACAGGGCGAUAAUUCCAAAUGAUGUUUUUGUUUGUUUGUUUGUUGGAGGCGUGUGCAUCGCUCAGUCCCUGAAGAUCCCUCGCGAGCCCAAACCCGGCGAGUUCGACAAGAUAGUCCUGCGUCUGCUGGAGACGCCCAGCGCCCGCGCCGUCAUCACGUUCGCCAACGAGGACGACAUCCGGCGUAUCCUGGACGCGGCCAAGCGCAAUAACCUGACAGGUCACUUCCUGUGGGUGGGGUCUGACAGCUGGGGCUCCAAGAUCUCUCCAGUGGUCCAGCAGGAGCGCGUGGCCGAGGGGGCAGUUACCAUCCUCCCCAAGAGAGCGUCGGUGGACGCUUUCGAUCGCUACUUCAAGAGCCGCUCGCUGUCCAACAACCGCAGGAACGUUUGGUUUGCUGAAUUCUGGGAGGAGAAUUUCGGCUGCAAACUGGGGAUGCACGGCAAGAAGCCCGGCGGCGCCAAGAAGUGCACGGGCCUGGAGAAGGUGGGCCGUGACUCCAUGUACGAGCAGGAAGGCAAGGUGCAGUUUGUCAUGGACGCCGUGUACGCCAUGGCCCACGCCCUGCACCGCAUGCAGCACCAGCUCUGUGCCGGAUACCACGGGCUGUGCCCGCGCAUGGUAAACAUCGACGGCAAGGAGCUGCUCUCCUACAUCCGCCAUGUCAACUUCAACGGAAGCGCCGGAACCCCGGUCACCUUCAACGAGAACGGCGACGCCCCCGGCCGAUACGACAUCUUCCAGUACCAGCUCAACAACCGUUCCGCCGAGUACAAGGUCAUCGGGCACUGGACCAAUCAGCUGCAUUUAAACAUGGAGGCGCUACAAUGGCGCGAGAGCGCCGCCCCCCUCCCGGCCUCCGUGUGCAGCCUCCCAUGCCGGGCGGGCGAGAGGAAGAAGGUGGUGAAGGGCGUGCCGUGCUGCUGGCACUGCGAGCGCUGCGAGGGUUACCACUUCUUGGCUGGCGAGUUCACCUGCGAGCUGUGUCCCUACGAGAAGAGACCGGACCGGAACCGCACCGGAUGCCAGCCGAUCCCCAUCAUCAAGCUGGAGUGGCACUCGCCCUGGGCGCUGAUUCCCGUCUUCAUCUCGGUGCUGGGCAUCCUGGCCACCACCUUCAUCAUGGUCACCUUCGUGCGCUUCAACGACACGCCCAUCGUGCGGGCGUCGGGGCGCGAGAUGAGCUACGUGCUGCUGACGGGCAUCUUCCUGUGUUACAUCAUCACCUUCCCCAUGAUCGCCACGCCCGACGUGGCGGUCUGCUCCUUCCGCCGCAUCUUCCUGGGCCUGGGCAUGUGCUUCAGCUACGCGGCACUGCUCACCAAGACCAACCGCAUCCACCGCAUCUUCGAGCAAGGCAAGAAGGCGGUGACGGCGCCGCGCUUCAUCUCGCCCACCUCCCAGCUCGCCAUCACCUUCUUGCUCAUCUCGGUUCAGCUGCUGGGCGUCCUCAUGUGGUUCGCCGCCGACCCGCCGCACACCUUCGUAGACUACAGCGAGCAGCGCACCCAAGACCCCGAGAGGGCUCGCGGCGUCCUCAAGUGCGACAUUUCGGACCUGUCCCUCAUCUGCUCGCUGGGCUACAGCAUCCUGCUGAUGGUCACGUGCACCGUCUAUGCCAUUAAGACGCGCGGCGUGCCCGAGACCUUCAACGAGGCCAAGCCCAUCGGGUUUACCAUGUACACCACCUGCAUCAUCUGGCUCGCCUUCAUCCCCAUCUUCUUCGGAACAUCGCAGUCGGCGGAGCGGAUGUACAUCCAGACGGCCACGCUGACCGUGUCGCUCAGCCUCAGCGCCUCGGUGUCACUGGGGAUGCUCUACGUGCCCAAGGUCUAUGUCGUCAUCUUCCACCCGGAGCAAAACGUUCCCAAGCGCAAGCGCAGCUUCAAGGCCGUCGUCACCGCCGCCACCAUGACCAGCAAGCUGUCGCAGCUGGCGGCCGAGCGGCCCAACGGCGAGGUGAAGACAGAGCUGUGCGAGGGCGUGGAGGCCGGCGUUCUCCCCACGAAGACCACCUACGUCAGCUACGCCAACCACGCCAUCUGAACACAACCUUCUCCGGAGUCCCGAUCCAGUCCAGUCCGGGAGCAAGCGAACUCUGGGAAAGAACUGGUUUCCAUGUUUACAUUCAAGCAGGAACGCAGCCAAGAAACUGGACGAGAAGAAGAAGAAGAAAGACAAAAACAUAUCUGUUGUUAUUCUAAUCUAAUUUGUGAGAAACAAAACAGUGCUCGUUUUGGAUUCUUGUCCCACUUUGUCCGUCGACUCGCGUGGAGGCGAGUCCGUCGAUGUUUUUUGGCUUUUGGUGGUGAAAAUGUGCAAAUGGCUGAAGUGAAGUGAAGCAUGCUGGGAUUUGUUUUGUUUUGUUUUUUUAUAAAUGAUCAAUUUCUAAUAAAGCCAGCUUUCACACGCUGCCUCUGGACCAGAACUUUCUUACCUCAUGGAACUACAGGGUCAUUGAUCCAUCUACUGUCAAUCCAGUGGGACAUCCAUCCAUCUGGUGGCUUAUAUAGCCAGGGAUCCAUUCAGCCAGAGAUCCAUUUAGCCAGUGAUCCCUCCAUCCACCUGUGCUUCAUUUGCACAGGAAUCCCUCCAGUGGGUCAUCCCUUGUUUCAUCCACCCAGUGAUCCUUCCAUCCAUAGAUCAUCUUAUCCAGGAUUCCCUAAAGUCAUCCAUUCACGGGUUUAUCUCGCCAAUUCAGUGAUCCACUCAGUAAUCCAGCUAUCUAGUGCUCCAUAUCGCGAGUGAUCCAUCCACCUAGUGAUCCAUAAGUUCCUUCAUUGGUUCUUCUAGCCAGCGAUCCAUCCAGUGACCCAUCUAUCGAGCAAUCCAUUGAUCCAGUGAUUGAUCUCCCCAGCGGUUUAGGCAAGGAUCCACCCAAUGAUCCAUCUACUGAUCCAUAUAGCGAGUGAUCUGUCAUGUUCUGUGUUGAUUUUGCACUCUGCUGCCGCCUCUGUUUUGUCCUUGCAGUGUCAUGGCUGCUCUGAUGAGUAAUUAGGAACACCUGCGAUCAAUCUGCUGCUCCCCAUAUAUACCUCUGCUCAGCCACUACCCAGUUGCCAGUUAUUCCCUUGCCAACCCUGCUUCCUGUUCCUCAUUCCUUGGCUCCCAACUGAUCUCCUUUACCCGUGUAUCUACUGCCAUUGUGUAUUGUUACUGCCUCUACCUGUUCUGCACUUUUUUCCCUGCAGCUCCUUUUGUUUCAGUGAGUACCCUUUUUCCUGCCUUGCAGUGUUUUUCGUUUCCUGUAGUUUUUUGGCUUAUGCCCUGUGUUCUUUAGUUAUCUUUUUGUCGUUGCCCUUUUUCCUGCCUAGCAGUGUUUUUUGUUCCUUGUAGUUUUUGGCUCUAGCCCUGCAUUCCUUAGUUGUUCCUUCUUGUAGUUAUUUUUGUUUUGUUGUAUUUUUACCUUGUAUAAUAAAUAGAUUUCUUACUAGCGCUAUGUCAUUCUGCAUCACGGGUUCCAAUCUUUUUAGUUGGCGUAAGCCACAC